CUUAAUUAAACUUUAUUUAAUAAAUUAAAAAGCUUUCGAUUCAUUAGCCAAGCGGGACUUAGCUCACAAAUCUAAAUGGCCUUUUGGGGUCAAUUUCCGAAUGGCAUUUCUAGUAGCUUUAACCGGAGUCGACUGCCGAGAGGACCGGUAGUAUGUAGUGCGACGCUAAUGUAUUCAGAUGCUGUGUGAUGACUUGAAUGUUACCGUAGCUGAGGUUCGGUGGGUGAGGCGAUGUACCGAGAAUGAUGUGCGUCUAGAUAUGUAUGAUCUGGCCCGUCUGACGCUGAUAUGCUGUAAUAAGCUUAUAUAUAAUCUUCAAUGUGCGAACGAGGACGAAUCUUCAAAAGCAGAAUGUAGGUUCCUAAAUAGGGGCUGAGCCAUAAGCUACAAAGACAUAAAAACAUAUUCAGGAAGGCAGCAUAUUCGUAAGCAGCCUCAAAUUUUAGGCGACGCCAAUGUCCAACCAGACAUGGAUUAGCGGGAGGAAUCUAAUGAUGCCAUAAAACUUGCGUCAUCGUUGCUGCGCACCUCCAAGUACUAUGGUAGAUACAGAAUCUCCGUGUUAACCUCGCGGAUAAAAACGACGGAGUAUUGACAUCUCGUCACCACGUGUGCAUAUAUAUAAGAAUAGAAGGGCGACAGGAAUGGAGAUUCCGUCUACCAAAGAUGGAAGAAAAGGGGAGAUAUCCAUGCGAAGAUCGUUUGCGAAAUACAAGCUGGAGCUUUAGUUAGUAGACGAGGCAAAGACCAGGCGGACCUAAACGCUUAGAUGCUGGACGAAGCGAUCUCCAUGUGCGUGAUCAGUCAACCCGCGAUCUUGGAUCUCAACGGCAGUCAAUCACGAAAGCGCCUAAGAUAACGAAACGCUGCAACGGACUCAGCAAUGUUUGAACAUACGAAGCUUAGGUAGGUAGGAUCUAGGGGGCGAGAUUUCGACGGACGAAAACAAAAAUAACACAAAUAAAAGAAACACGCGAAGGGAAAAACGAAAGAAUGACACAGUCUGCCAAGAAUUUAAUUGUACUGGGUGUGGUACUUAGAGAGUGACGUAAUUCGUUGCGAAUUUCCCGCCCUGACCACCUUUUCCAAUCUUCCUUCCAAAUUUUUUAGGUUGACGCGAAGUUCGCUACAUCCCUGGGAGUUGCGACUGUUCAGUUGCUGAGUUGUUAUAUAGAUGCUCGAAUUCCACGAGAAGGCGCAAAGUUGAAACUUCAUCAGGCAAUAGGCAGGUAGGUACGGUAUGGAAGGAUAAGGGAACGAAUUAGCAAACUUGAAUCUCUGAGGAAGGUUAGUAAUGAGUCUAUUGCAUGCAAGACGUUCUGAAUUAAGAAUAGAAAUUCAUGAAUGAACGAAUCAUCAAAUUGGCAAAAUCCAUCCCUUCCAUUCAACAAACCACCUAGAUGUUUUCAUUUGCUUUAUUUCUCUUGCAUACGCACUAUUUCUUUCCCGGAGAGCCUCCCCCUUCGAUUAUCAUAUUCCAAUUUGUCAGACGCGACGGGAUGUGUCCGGGAAGGCAAAAUUGACCAGGUCUUUGCAUCGCAACUAGGAUAUUUGAUUCGAAGAAAGAGUCUGACUUGACUGGAAGAUGUUUUUUUGCCACCUCAAAGUGAUCAAGCGAUGUUGGAUGGGUAGGAUGGUGUGGAUGUGCCUGCCGCUUUUCAACUAGCGUCAUUCUAAAAAGUAUGGUAAAGAGUGGUAAAAAAGACUAGAGUUCCGGCAAGCUUCCAGUUAGUACGAGACUUGUCUCUUGCCCCCCCUGUUAUCGAACUCGAGCCUCCAUUACAUAUCAGACACCCUUUAUGGCUUUUCCCGCUUUUCUUGGCCAUCUUUUUUUCCUCCUCGUGUCCUUGAUCGCGAUCGCGCCAGUCUUCUUUGUAAUCGAGCCUCAGAUCCGCAUUCCAAUUUUUGCUUACCCACCUGUGGGUUCACCCACGUACUUGAUGCUGGGGAAUCCAGUUGUCAACUUUGGCAGCUAUCCAACCACCAUAUAUAUUGGAUUGGAUAUAUGUGUUAUGUAUGUAUAUAUGUGCAGAUGUAUACUACUACACCAUGUGUAGUGAAUGAAUACAAGAUCGAAAUCGUUAUCUACUACCUAUUACAUCUGCUAUAAACUCAUGAAAGGGUACUAGGAACCUCAUUUGAUGUGACUCAAUAGAAAGCGCUAACAAACCGGAGAUAUUAGAGAUAAG